AACAUCUCACUGCUGCAACUAAUGGCUCCUCUUCGGAUUGGCACACUUCUCGUUGGCUCGGCAGUCCAAUUCUUGGAUACUGCCGUUAUUGACAUCCUCGCCAUGCAUGACAAAGAUUACCUUACGUCCAUUCACAUUCCCGAAGCCCUCAUCGCCCAGGGCUAUGACAUGGAAUUCCUCUACAUCGCUGAGCAGGGUAGCGGCCUGUUCACGCUCACGGGCGGGCUCAGCGUGAACAUCACGCACGGCCUUCAGAACGCCGGACAGCUCGACUAUCUGCUCGUCCCGGGUCCCGAGCCGCGUUAUCAAGCGACUGCGGCCGAAAAGGCCUUCAUCAAAGAGCAGCUUCCGGGGCUCAAGGCGCUCUUUGGCAUCUGUACCGGCACGUUUGUGCUCGCUCAGGCAGGCGUCCUCGAUGGCGUCAUCGCGACAGGCCCGCGGGGGUUCCUGCCGAUGCUCAAGGAGACGGCGCCGAAGGCAAAGUGGACGGAGAAGCGUUGGGAGGAGGAUGGGAAGAUCUGGACGAGUGGCGGUGUCACCAACGGGAACGACGCAAUCUCCGCGUUUGUGCGCAAGACGUAUGCGCCUGAGUUGGUGAACUUGGUGCUUUCAGGGGCGGAUGUGGGGGAGCGCGGACAGCUCUAUCCUGACCAGGCUCAGGAUUAAUCGAGCUUUCAACGCAGAUACAAGCUCGUCACAAGCUGUAAUUCUGCAUUGUAUUGACUAUGCUGGAAUAUGUAUGACGGUUCUUAGUC